AUGGGGAUGGGGAUGGGGAUGGGGUUGGCGGCGCUGCUGCUUGUCGCUUCAUGGCAGCAGACGAGCGAGGGGAGAGUGCUGAGGAAGGAAGAGCUCAUCUCCAGCGAGUCUCCUCGACUGGUGCGGGAGCAUCCUGGGGAUCCGAUGGCCUGGUUCGAGCAGGUGAAUGUGCUGUUCAAGGCUGGAGACAAGGGGAAGGCAGCUGAUCUCCUGCACGAUGCCUCCCUGGCCUUCCCCGGGCAGCCUGACCUCGCCUUCAACCAUGCGUUCGUGCGGUAUGAGCUCGGGGAGUACGAGACGUCGGUGCGCGUCCUCGAAGGCCUUGCAGGCCUGGGAAGAGGAAGGAAGGAGAAGAGAGAUAAGAGGGCGAGGGACACGCGGGACAAGGGGGGAAAGGAGGUGAAGCAGGAAGGGAAGGAGGAAGGGAAGGAGGAAGGGAAAAUGGUGGUGGAGGAGGAUACGGGAAUAGCCCGUAUGGAGGAGACGCCGAAGAAGAACUCGUCAAGGGCUGACGCUCUACGAGACGUGGAGCCCAAGUGGGUUGACCUGCUCAUCAAGUGCUACGUCAAAGUCGGACGCGUCGGCGAUGCCGUCCGGCUGACGGACAGGCAGGUGGCGCUGCUGGGGAGCUCGGAGCAGGACCCCCUGGUCCGUGCUCGCGUCGCCCUCACUGUCUACCCCUGGCGCUACGGGUCGGCGAGCUGGAAGGAUCUGGGCCGCCACUACAAGGAGCUGGUGCGAGCGGUGGAGCUGACGCUGGGGAUGUCGGAGGAGGAGCUGGAGAGGGGAGGGAUCAAGAUGACCCCUCAUAACUCGCUCAUCUUCCUCGGCAACGAGCUCGGCAGCCAGGUCGUCGAGCGGCACGUCAACCAGUCCUACGUCUCCUCUCCCGUCAACGGCACGUACGCCAGACUCCGGACGUGCCCGACGUGUAAGUACCAGCCGCAGCUGCGGAUCGGGUACCUGCUGUGGGAGGUGAGGGAGUCAGACGUCCUCUACAGCCUCCUCGCCGGGGUCUUGCAAGAGCAUUCGCGGCAGUCGGACCCUCCUCAGGUCCGAAUCUACACGCUCACGCGCCGCCCUCCCCCCGACCGCCUCCUCUUCCGCGGUCGCUCCGUCUCCUUCAUCUCCUUCAGCGGCGUCGGGGGCAGGCAGGCGGCUGAAGUGAUCAGGAGGGAGAGGACAGAAGUCCUCCUCGACCUCACCACCUACGGGGACUUGACAGGAGCGCACAUCCUCCAGCACUUGCCCGCACCCUUGCAAGCAGCUCUCGUCUUGUCAGGGAAGUCACCGGGGAUGCUGGCUGGCAGCUGUAAAGACGCGUCCCAAGAGAUCAGAAGGUCACUCGACAUUCCCAGCAACGUUACUCUCUUCUGCAAUUUCCUGCAAACUUGGAAGAUCGACAAGACCGUGAUGAACGUGUGGAUGGAGGUGAUGCGGGAGGAGGUGAAGGACUCCUUCCUAGCUCUGUGGGGCCAGUCGAGAGAUACGGAGCGGAACCUGGGGAAGGAGGCGGAGAAGCGAGGUGUUCCAAAGGAGCGAUUGAGAUUCUUGAACAGAACAGAGAGCAACGAAGCCUUCCAUAAGCGUUUAUGUGCUUGCGAUCUCUUCCUCGACACGCCUUUCUAUAAUGCUGGGAGCACAACACCGACUGUGCUAUGGGCGGGACACCAGCACCAGCACCAGCAUUACCUCGUCCUCGUCCUCGUCCUCGUCCUCGUCCUCGUCCUCUUUCUCCACCACCAACACUACGUCAUGCUCUCGCUCUUCUCUCCUUCCUUCCUCCUCCUCUUCCCCCUUCUCGUCCUGACGCUCGUCAAGGUUCCCGUCCUCACCAUCCCCGGCAACCGCACAGCCUCCCGGUUGGCCUCCGGCUUCAUCCUCGGCAAUGGCGCCAUGCUCGCGGCCUUGACGGAGUACAAGAAGCUCAUGGUCAAGAUCGGUCGCCGCCAUGGCACUGGAUGGCAUGCAGCGAGGCGAGCUCUCGAAUUCUACCGCGACAACCCCCAGAACAUGUACACGCUCUUCAGCACGCAGCAUCAGGCGCGGGAGAUGGAGAAGAGCCUGCGGGUCAUGAGACGACUGGGGGCGGCAAAGAGGGAGGGAGCGUCUAGGUACCACGUCAUCAUCACAAGGCAGGGCUGA